AUGUGUUUCAACCUGCCACUGCCACAUCUUCCUCCAUAUCUUCCAUUCAUCACCAGUUCCUUCUUUUUCUUUUCCUUUUUUCCCUUUUCUCUUACUAACACAGACGCCCCCAUUGAAUUCGAAACCACAAUCAUCGACCCCGCCGAACAGACGUCGCAUCACGUGAGCGAGAGCCGCCCCACACACCUCUCGUUCUCGUCAUCGUCGGAGUCACCACGUGACCAGUCACGUGAGCAAUCAUCACGGGACGUGUCAGCGUCGCCCGUAUUCCCCAAGCGGCAGCAGUCGUUGCUCCGGCUCGACGAACACAUGGCCGGCGGCGCUGGGGAGUCACGUGACGAGCCACAUGGCGAACCAUCUGACGAUGCCCACAAAUCGCGCGCGUCGUCCACGUCGUCGUCGUCCUCCUUUGGCCAGUCGUGGAACCAGUCGUCGGCUUCUCAGCGAGCCAGUGUCUCCAGUAUGGGUGGAGUAGAUGUGGCUCAAAAGCGGCCAGGACCCUCUUCUGGAGGACUCACGGGAGCAUCAGCGGCUUCUGGAAUGCCCCCAGCGCCUACUUCGCAGGCGCCUGCGAUUCCACCCAUCACUCCACAGAUGCAGACAGGCGCCUUUGAGCAGUACACUCCACAGACUGCUCCACCGAUCCCAACCCAAUCCCAGCUGGGUCAAGAUGGCCGAAAGAGGGCAGCGACACUGGAUCGGCAGCAGCAGUAUGUCCCCUCCUAUGGCUAUUCAAGCCCUGCUAACGGAGAAAGGGGUGGACCUACCGGAGGUACUCCAGGAGGUACCCCAAUGUCUCCUGGAGGAGUGGCUCACGUAACCUCUCCUGGAGGGGGCCCAUCGGCGGCGUCAGUUCACCGGUCGUUUUCCACCACCACUCCGCACGCGCCAACGAAAAACUCACGUCGGAUCGUGUCCACUUCCGCUGCUCCAAUGCGCAAGCAGAUUGACGACGCCAACGCCGCGUUGGGUCGCGCGGUGGACCCGUCACGUGACUCACAGCCCAUGCAGUCUCGCGACAAGCGCUCCAAGUCGAUCUCUUCACGGGGCGGCAUGAAGGGCGUGUUUUCGAACCUGGUGUCUUCCAUGGGCACUCUGAGUCGAAAGAACACGACUGUGCGGCGGUCUGAGUCUGACACGAGCGCGCCAUCGACGCCCAAGAUUUCGGGGCCCUACGACGCCAAACACGUGACCCACGUGGGGUUCAACUUCGACACCGGCGAGUUCACUGGACUACCCAAGCCGUGGCAGAAGCUGUUGUCGGAGUCCGGCAUUUCCAAGGUCGAGGCCGAGCAGCACCCUCAGGCGGUGAUGGACAUUAUGGCCUUUUACACCGAUCAGAAGGACGACGGAGUUUGGCAGAAGUUUGGGGGAGCCAAUCAGGCCGGUUCUGGGGCUACUGCUACCACGCCUUACAAUGCCCAGAACGGCUUUUCUCCCAUUGCGUCUCCUGGCGCCACCACUCCUACUCUGGGAGCGCUUAAUCUGGGCACUCCUCUUAGUGUGGAUCUGGAUACCGAGGGUGAUACUAGUACCAGCACUGGCGGUGGAGGUGGAGUCGGAGGGGGAGACUAUUUCGCCAAGCCGCGGUCUGCUCCCUUUCCUCCAGCAGCUGGUGGUGGUUCUGCGUCGUCUUCUACCGCCACUCUAGGCACUGGAGCUACUGCUAGUGGUGGCGCCACGACUGCUACGCCCGCCAUUCCCUCACGUGACCGAACACGUGAGUCGUCGUUGUCUUCGGGGACCUCGAACCAGGGGCCUCCCGUCACCCCCCUCGCUCUCUCUCAGUCGAGGCAGAAUCUUCGGGAGGAGGCGCCGGCAACUCCCGAGGAGAAGCCCCUGGCGCACUUUGUGGCGUCCAGAAAGGCUCCUCGGCCGCCCUCCGCGUCUCCAAAGAAGACCGGUGGUGCUGGGGCAUCUGGCGAUAGUGGUGCUGGAGCGGCUCCUCCUUCGGCUGCGCCCAAGUCUCCUCCUCCGCGACCUCCGCCUGCGCCUCCGCUCGGUGUUCCUUCGGUGCACGCUCCAAACUCGGAGUAUCGUCAGAAGAUGAUUACUCAGCUGGAGGCGUUCAACGCGAAGCGGCAGCAGGAGCGGGCAGAGCGGCAUGCGCAGAAGCAGAAGCUCGCUGCAGCGCAUGCUCAGGCUGUUCAGCGGCAGCAGCGGCAACAGCAGCAGCAGCAGCAGCAGCAGCAACAGCAGCAGAGUGCUCAGCAGGGAGCUAUGCCUUCUGUCAUGCCCCAGAUGCAACACGGGUCGAUGCAGCAGGCGCAACAAUCUGUUUCUGGCGGUUCUUCGGGUCUGACUCCCCAGCAGAAGCAGCUCAUUCAACAGAAACAGCUGUUGGAGUUGCAGAAGGCGACCGGGGGCCAGGUUGGCGGUCCGGUGACGUCAUCCACACAGCAGGUUCUUAGUAAUCCUGCUGCUGCUGCGGCGGCGUCUCAACGAAAGCGGGAGCAGCGACUACGAAAGGACCAGCAGGUGGUGGCUCGUCUGAACCAGAUUUGCACGCCUGGCGACCCCACCAAGCUGUAUCGCAACCUGGUGAAGAUUGGCCAGGGCGCUUCUGGCGGCGUGUUCACUGCGUAUGAGGUGGGCUCGAAUCUGUCGGUAGCCAUCAAGCAGAUGAAUCUCGAGCACCAGCCCAAGAAGGAGCUCAUCAUCAACGAGAUUCUGGUCAUGAAGGACUCCAAGCACAAGAACAUUGUCAAUUUCAUCGACUCGUACCUGCACGGCGGUGAUCUGUGGGUGGUGAUGGAGUACAUGGAGGGAGGUUCUCUGACGGAUGUGGUGACCUACAACAUGAUGACCGAGAGUCAGAUUGGUGCCGUGUGUCGAGAAACGCUUCUGGGACUGCAGCAUUUGCAUUCCAAGGGCGUGAUUCAUCGGGAUAUCAAGUCGGACAAUGUUCUGUUGUCGAUGCGGGGCGAAAUCAAGCUCACGGACUUUGGUUUCUGCGCCCAGAUAAACGAAAGCAAUCUCAAGCGGACCACCAUGGUGGGAACUCCCUACUGGAUGGCGCCCGAGGUGGUGUCUCGAAAGGAGUAUGGUUCCAAGGUGGAUAUUUGGUCGCUUGGAAUCAUGAGCAUUGAAAUGAUCGAAGGUGAGCCGCCCUAUCUCAACGAGUCGCCUCUGCGAGCCCUCUAUCUCAUUGCCACCAAUGGAACUCCUCAGCUCAAGGAGCCCGAUGCUCUGAGCACGAUUUUCAAGGCGUUUUUGGCCUGGGCGUUGCAAGUGUCUGCGGACCAGCGAGCCAGUGCUUCCGAGUUGCUCAAGCACGAGUUUUUGCUCACUGCCGACGAUGUGAGCACUUUGGCGCCGUUGGUCAAGGCCGCCCGAAUGGCCAAGAUUCAGGAGAAGAAUGAAAAGGCUCAGAGGUAG